CCCACAUGUUCUCUCUCUUUGCGAUCUUCGAAACAGAAUGCCACCCAAGAAGGACCCUAAGAAGGACGCUAAAAAGCCCCAGAAGUCUGCUAAACCAGCAGGAUCUGGUGGUGGAAAAGCCAAAAAGAAGAAGUGGUCCAAGGGAAAAGUCCGUGACAAGCUMAAUAACUUGGUGCUCUUUGACAAAGCAACUUAUGAUAAACUAUACAAAGAGGUGCCCAGCUACAGGCUUAUCACCCCAUCAGUUGUCUCUGAGAGACUCAAGAUCCGUGGCUCRCUUGCAAGACGUGCACUCAUAGAAUUAAAGAGCAAGGGUCUUAUCAAGGAAGUGUCUAAACAUCAUGCACAGCUCAUUUAUACAAGGGCCACCAAGGGCGARGGUGACGCCGAGUAAUCUGUGAUGGAGAGUUAAUCUAAUAAAACAAAUUUUCAAUUAAGAA